CAAAUCUCAAAAUCUCAUUUUGAUGUUUACAUUUCAUUCUAUUUUAAUAAUUAUUCAAUUUUUAAUUUAAGUUCGAGUUUCACUAUUUAAAUGUAAAUUCGUUAUACAGGAAAUAAACUUAAAAUUUAAAAGCUUACUAACUAUCAUAAUGUAUUAAUUAAAAUCCUGAAAAACAAUAUUUAAAAAAAAGCGUCCACAGUUCACAAAAUUACAGCAAUUUCGUUUGAAAAAAGCUAAUAACCAUACAAUGGCAGAAUGGAAACACUUAAUAACUGAAUGGCUUAGUGAAUAUGCUGGCCUAAGAGAUAAUGAAAUAAAAAGUUUUGCGGCUGAGCAUGAACACAAUCAUGAGAUAGCAACUGCACUUUUUAAUCUUUUAUACAGAGAAGAUGAUAAUGAAGGAUUUGGCAAUACUAAAAACCAAGAUGAUGAUUUUGAUCAACAGAUGCUAGAAAAUGUUUGCAUACAAUUGUUUAGUUUUUAUCGCUCUAAAGAAGUAGAGCUGCAAAGAUUCACACUGCAAUUUGUACCAACAUUAAUCUAUAGAUACUUAAGUUCAGUUGCACAAAGUAAUACCAAAUCAUGCAGAUGCAUUGAAACCUUACUCAUUGGUCUAUACAAUUUUGAAGUUGUUGAUGAAAAUGGAAAACCAAAAGUUGUCUCCUUUAGAUUACCAUCUUUAGCUCAAGCAUCCAUAUAUCAUGAGCCACUGUCUUUAGGAUCACAAUUUCUCACAGAAAGUGCUUUGAGAAGAUGGGAGGAAUGUAACACUAAACUAGUGAGCUGGGGCCCUCAUACUCAAGUUGAGACCAUCAAUGCUCAGAACCGUCUCAAAGUCAUGGCUGCUCUCUGCUUUGUUUAUAAUCGUCAACUAAGUCUACUGCCAAAGCUUGCGUUGAGGCAUUUCUGUAUUGCUUCAUCCAGAAUAGUUACACAAGGAUUCCAUAAAAAAGGUGCUGCAAGUUCAAAGCAAAUCCAACGGAUACCAGUGUCUUCAAAUAUUCUUCUAGAAAUGAUAGAGGGAGCAUAUUUUGCUAUGUUUAACGAGUUCUACACGUUAGCUCUUCAAGCUAUUAAAGAUAUAGACCAGAGAGCACAAUACGAGCUGCUUCCUGAUGUCAUGCUGGUCACCAGUGCUGUUAUUAAUUCCAUGAAGAAUAAUCCAUCUGGUCAACCAUGCGAUGGCCCGAUGGGUAUAAGUGUGGCGUUGUCCCCAGCAACCACAACAGUGACUAUGUCUAAAUCAAUGAUUACAAAUGCAUCAUUCCGCACUAAGAAGUUACCAGAUGACAUCCCUAUCCAAGCUGGUCAGGCCGUACCAACGGAUUCGGCAGACAUGCUCACUUCGAUCACUGAAGAGGGUGAAUCCGAUGCACCCAUACAAAGAGGUGCCGGCGUGCGUAACUCGAAGCCGAAAAUGAGUGCAUUUCCUGUACUCGGUAAAAAAACUAAAGACUCCAAAGACAAAACUGGAUCAUCAUCUGACAAAAAAGUCACCGUCAAAGAUUCGACAAAGGGCAUUUGGAACUCUCUCAGCGGUGGAGGGGACAUGGUCGACGCUCAGCAGAAGACUAAUGUAAUAGACACGUUUGACGGCAACGGCAGCUUCAAAGACGAGAUCUCUAUAAACUCCGCUCACAACAGCGCCGAGAUCUCCGACUCGAGGUCACAGGUGACUACUGACUCUUUGGACAUAGACACCACGCCAAGAUUCGCGGCGAUGCAAGUUAGUUCGGUUUAAAAUGAUAUUGCCAAUCUAUCUAUAUGUACUACGAGUAUAUGUAUGAUACUGUAUGAGAGUAGAAAUCGAGUGUCUAUACUUUCAAUAAAAUUACCAAAAAUUUAAUUAGAGUGAUACGAAAAACAUAUUUUUGAAAAUCUUGUCUGUGUCUAUCUUUAUCGCUAAACGGGAUCUAUUUGACCCGAAUUUUCAUGUGGAUGUCACCAGUAUGUUAAGCGAGGAGUUAAAUAGGCUUUCUAAAAGCCUGUUUUACCUUUGUUUAUUAAGAUCGGGUGUACGAGAAUAAAGACAAGUGACAGAAGAAAGGACAUAAAAACGAACAUUCCGUUAAUUCUAUUUGUUUUGGUACCAGUGUUUACCAAAAUUCAAUAUCAACUGCUAGACGUAAAGUAGGUAUUUUUACGUGGCACUUCAAUUUGGCACACUAGGCUUGUGUAUAAGAAGCGAAAGAUGUGAGUCGUGACGUCUCUUUAAAAAAUUAUCUGAAAUAUAAUCUUGUCACAUACAAGUAUAGAACCUUCGUGAUCACCACAAAUGUGUUGAAGUGCCAGGUAAAAAAAAAAACAAU